GGCUACUGUUGCGCAAGUGCCGCCAUAGCUGUGGCACCCUGAGGCCUUGACAGGCCGCGGAACAAAGACGCCCGAAGACGGGCCCUGGUGUGCGGAAAAGAACUGCUACCUGAGCGUGGCCUUUGAUUUGGUUGGAAAGAGCACUUCACCUUCAAAGGUCACCCAGCUACCGACACUGAGUCUGCUGUUUUGAUCUGUUUUGCUUCAUGCCCAUUGUCUCUCCUGACACUCUGCAACGAUGCUGCCUGCAUCGUCACGCUGCGCUACUUCUAGAGGGUAGUCGCCUGAUCAUUGAGAGACAAUGAAGGAAGCCCACAACUUUCAGUGCUUCUCAUGUUUCCCGGGGGCAAGAAGGCAUCGGUGGGUUGAUUGAGAGAAUCAAGGUUUGAGUGGCAAAUGGAAACACAGCGGCGAGGAUACCCCCGCGUUUGAGCUUGGAGCCCAUGUGCACUUCUGGACUGCUCAGGCUCACAAGGAACAAAUGAGUGGCGAGGUGAAAGAUGGACUGAUGCAGAUGAGUGGAAUGUUGUUGUUCCUAGUAGUGCCUUGCUCCUAGUAGUGUGGCCAGGAGCCCCUAGUAGCGUUCUUGUUACUAGUAGCGAUGCCAGGAGCCCCUAGUAGCGUGGCCCUUUGCUCCUAGUAAGGAAAGUUCAAGGGAACGGAGCACCGGAAGGUUCUUUGCCCUUGUCAAACAGCCCUUCCCAACAUUGCCUAGGGCUGGCCAACCAAGAUGAGCUCGUGUCAUUUACCGGUUGAAAUUGGUAAUUGACGAUCAAGUGAAGAAGUUGCCGUCCGGAGCUCUAAGAGAGUCUUCAUCAGCACAGGGCUCCAAAAGCUAGGAAUCUCAUGCUGACCCAGCCAAUGCAUGCUGACCCAGGCACCUCAAGGACCUGUGAUGCGACAAAACAUCCAAGCGUGGCAAGCUGGCAUCACUGAGGUGGAUCAGGUGGAUCUGCAAACCGUGGCGCUGUGGCAAGUGAUGUUACUCUUUCUGUUGGAGAUCAAACCCCACAAGGUUUGGAUGGACCAAUGCAGCCAGGACUCUUGCGGCGCUAUUUAAUCUAUAACGACAUACCUCUUCAUUUAAGCCAACGCAUCAUCCGCUUUCUUCAGCACGGGUAUCGGAUUCGCAAUGAGGCACUGUCAGCAGGAAAUCAUUUGCCUAUCUUGGACUUGCUCUCCCAGUCGCUGCAAGGCGAAUUGCAAUUUGAACGCUACCGUGGGUGCUUGAAUGAAUUGAAAUUCAUUGAGCAGCUACCUGCGGAAAGUCGACAGACGGUUCAAGUGAUGCACAAACUGGCGAUGAGGGCCAUAAUAAACACAGUUGUGGGCAAUGAUGACGUAAUCUUUUGCGCCGCGGAUUGGGCAACAUCUGCCUACUGUGCGCAGAGUGGUCGGCUGCACUACCAUGGCGACGAGGAAGGUGAGCCAGUAACAACAAUUCAAGGUUGCAAUUCUUGGAUUGCUGAGAUGUCCCUGUGGACCCCAUGGAGUCACAUGGGCGAUUUGGUCUCGGAGGAGGUGUCAAGAAUUGUCGUGAUGAAUGUGGAACAAUUUUGCAAAUGUGUGCGUGAAAGCAGCGAAUGCCAGGCAGCAGCGGUAGCUUAUGCCAAGGACUAUGUAGAUCAGCUGAGAAAGUGCAACCAAUUGAAUGACCUUUUUGUCUUGACCAAAAUGCAGCAUAAUCUCUCUCGGCAAGCAUCGAUCCAAUCUGCGGCGCCCCACAAGCGCUGCUGUCGAUUCUUGAGCUGGAACAAUGAAGUGCACCCAGCUGACUAGACCCGGACAGUUUGCCUCAAGACCAGAAGAGAGAGGACACACAUUCAUUGCAACUGUGCGCUCAUUUCUACGCG